CCUCUGAACUCUAAGUGAGCCACCACAAUUAAAUGUUUUUCUGUAUAAGAGCUGCCACGGUCAUGGUGUCUCUUCACAGCAACAGAACCCCUAACUAGGACAUGGCACAUGACUGGAACCCAGGCAUGUGAGAGAUGGGUUGGGGCAGGAGAGUUAGAAGUUCAAGGUCAACCUCAACUUGAUGAGGCCAGCCUGGGCUGCAUGAGACUGUCUUGAAAUCGAGAAAUUAAGCAAGCAAGAAAGUUAGUUAGUUAGUGGACAGCCCCCGGGGGCUGCUGGGUUGGCAUGUUGCCCUGGUGGAGCCAGAGAUGAAGGUUGGGCACUGUGAGAAAAAGGAGGUAGAGAGCCCACCGUUUGCUAUGGAGGCCCUAACCUCGGUUUUCUGCUCAGACAAGCAGUUGUUUGGACAUGGAGAGGCAGAGACAGGAAGGGAAAUAAGAGACACUAUCCAAGAUGCCCUUGAGCCUUGGGAAACUAGGGGACAGGGCAGGGCUGGGGCUCUGGCAGUCUCUCAGUGGAUUUAGGGUGCCUCACUUACCAGCAACUCGGAGGAGGAAGCUGCCUGCGGCCACCAGGGUGGCAGAGGAAGUGAGCAGAAGCCCUGCCUUCCACCUCCGGGCCGGAACCUGUCUCUGUCGGGAACCUGGUUGUCCUCUGAGCUAGUGGGCUUCGUUUCCUGGUGUGGAAAGAGGAGGCAAGCUCGUGCGUGAGAUGGUGCUUUCUCUCUUACACUGAGGGAAUCUAGGCAGAUGCCCAGAGCCUUGCCUAUCUAUCAGGGAAGGCGAGGAGAAGAUGGAGUCAGAGCCGCUCUACAACCUGCUGCAGUUCCCAAAGGAGGUGAACCAGCCCGCAGAGGAGGAGCUCCCACGAGGAGGAAAGAAGAAAUACCUGUCCCCCAAUUCCCGGAAGGACCCCAAGUUUGAAGAACUGCAGAAGGUGCUGAUGGAGUGGAUCAACACCACACUCCUCCCAGAGCACAUCGUGGUCCGCAGCCUGGAGGAGGACAUGUUUGAUGGACUCAUUUUGCACCACCUGUUCCAGAAGCUGUCAGCCCUCAAGCUGGAAGUGGAAGAAAUCUCUCUGACCUCAGCUAGCCAGAGGCGCAAGCUAGGGAUCGUCUUGGAGGCCACCAACCGGAGUCUGCAGGUCGAAGAGCAAGAGGCCCAGUGGAGCGUGGAGACCAUCUUCAGCAAGGACCUGCUGGCCACCUUGCAUCUCCUGGUGGCCCUGGCCAAACGCUUCCAGCCGGACCUGCUUCUUCCAGACAACGUCCAGGUGGAAGUCAUCCACAUUGAGAGCACCAGGACCGGCCUGAAGUCAGACAAGCUGGUGGAGCAGCUCACAGAAUGCAGCACACACAAGGACCGGCCUUCACAGGACGCCUUUGAUGAAUUAUUUAAGCUGGCUCCAGAGAAAGUGCAUGCCGUGGAAGAGGCCAUCGUGAACUUUGUCAACCAGAAGUUGGAGCGCCUGGGCCUGUCUGUGCAGAGUCUGGACACCCAGUUUGCAGAUGGCGUCAUCCUGCUCCUGCUGAUCGGACAGCUGGAAGGCUUCUUCCUGCAUCUGAAGGAAUUCUAUCUCACUCCCAGCUCUCCCACAGAAAUGCUGCACAAUGUCACCCUAGCCCUGGAGCUGCUGAAGGAUGAAGGCCUGCUCAGCCACCCUGUCAAUCCUGAAGAUAUUGUGAACAAGGAUGCCAAGAGCACACUGAGGAUACUCUACAGCCUGUUCCAGAAGCAUGCGCCGAGGGCAGAGGGUGAUGGGGCACCCCGUGGUACCCCAAACUAGUCACCUCUGUCUCCCCCAAGCCAUUUCUCAGGACCUGCCACCUCUGGAGGACCCAGCAAUCCUACAUCCACCCACCCCAGCCUUGUUACUGUGGGUGGGUGACAUGCUUCCCUCCCACACCCGUCCUGCUUACAUGUACACGUGGGCUGAUACCUUUGACCCCACCAGAUGGGGAUCUGUUUUGAGCCACCCCUGCUUUGCUCAGAUCAUUUUGACAGCUGUAUGGAUUGUAUUCUGUGAGUGGGGGGAGGGUGGUGCUCUGGGUGCCUGUGGAGUCCGGGGUGAGCCUUUAACUAUGGUGAAAAGACUUGAGUUCUCAGGCUAGACCAGACCGCAACAGCCCCCAAUCUGUCUGCUAAGGCUAUACCAGGACAGUUAGUGGCUUCCCAGCUCUCCACAAAGCUGACUUUCCCUAGCCAUAUGCUCUUUGGCACCAAGGCUGAUGGCCUGAGUGCACUCAGCUCCUGGCUGUCUGCCUCUUACUUGGCCCAGGGUCAUCACCCAAAGACUGGAGGAGCCCCAUGAGGGAGAAGUGGAUUCAGUUUCGUGUCAAAGGACCCUGGCCAGGCUAUCCCUACAGCCGCAGUCCUGAGCUUUGCCCCAAGGGAAGAGAGCCUGUAGUAGGUUCCCGGGUUCAGGCUAUCUCUCUGGUCAUCUUUAGGGAGCCAUGAGCAUUCUGUCCUAUGAGACUUUGUGUCUUCUGCAAAGACAGAGAAACAGCUCAAGAACUGAGCUGGGUCCAUCCUGGCUGGAGGAGAAGCUAUUAGGGGAGACACAAGGCAUGGGGUGUGAGGUUGCAGACACAUAGAGGUGUACAGGUUCGAGGGUGCAGGGAUGUGGGGGAGGCCAGCCCAUUGUCACUCCUCUGGACUUUUUCCUGUCUGCCCAGAUCCAGACCUCUGGUAGGAAAGGCAUCUAGGUUUGGGAACAGCUUUGCUUUUGGGGACUUUGGAGCAGAGUCUGGACAGGACAGGACACCCCUCCUAAGACAGUGGGUGGAGCUGGGAGUGACCUGGGGCACUGGUGUCUGAUGUGAGAAGUCUAGAGGCUCUUCUUUCCACCCACCUCCCAUCCACCUGUCCCCUUGCCUGCUCAUAAGUCUUACAGCAGUGGGGGUUCUCAUCACACAUCGCCUCUGUCCCACUGACUCUGGGACAUGUCCCUCUCCCAUGGCGGCGGCAUCAUCACAGUAGCUGGGGGAUAGUUGCCUCUACUUCAGGUAACCUUUCCAUGAAGGCCUUCCUCUAGGGCCCAUUUGUUCUCUCUGGAGCAUCCUGAGCCAUGGUGGCCGGAGUCCACACUCACUCACCUCCUGGGCUCUUGGCUCCCUCUUUCCUCCUUCACUGCCUGCUUGCCCAUUUGGCUCCUCCACGACCUCACUUCCACGUCCCCACCUCCUGCCUGAUAGCAAACUUUUAAGUGCUGACGAUAAUAAUAAUUUUUGUAAUUUUAUUGAGGAAUAACUAACAUGUCCCAGUUGAAGUGUACAAGUGAAUGACAGCUGGCAAGCAUACGCAGUCACAUACCUCCACCAGAAAGAAGGGUCAAGCGCUGAAACAGCCUGCCGCCUGGUGUCCCAGCCUUCGGAGUCCUGGCCUUGGAAGCGACCGAUCCACUUUCUGUUACUGUCAUUUCCCCUUUUCUACAUCUUUUGGAAACUGCAUCAGAGGGGAAGUGGUCUUCCACGUGGGGGUUCUUUGCCCUGGUGCAAUUCUGCCAUCUCCACGGUGACCCCACAGCCCAUCCCUCUGCUUGCUGACGACGGGCCCCCUCAGUGGGUGCCAAUCAUACGUCCAUGCUUUCGCUGCCUACAGAACUCGAGGACUCUCCUUACUGUCCAGUUUUUAUGUCAUCGACAGGGAUUGCUCUUCCUGUCUUUCAGAUUGCGGAGCAUGCGCUCCUCUUUGUCUGGACACUUCCUUUCACUUUUCCUGGGUGAAUACCCAGGCCUGACACGACCAAUUCCUACAGUAAUUGUAUGUUUUAUUCUGUAAGAUACUGUGAAAUGGUUUUUGGAAGUAAACAUACUGUUUUCAUUCCCACCUGCAA